AUGAAAACAAUAACACCGCUGAGACGUAGCGGUGUGGAGAGCGGCGGCGAUGCGCACGAAGAGCGCGCGCCGAAGCGAAAACGUGAGGUAAUGAAACCGAAAGUGAUCGCACACGUUCCACAAAAUCAACACCGAAAAAGCAGUAACAACACAAACACCAACUGUAACAGCAAUCAGCAACCGGCGCGCUACAAUAACAUUGGCAACAAUGAAAGCAAAAGCGCAGCGCUUGAAGUCUUCUUCAAUUGCACCCAAAAGCUGGUGUACCCACACCCCGCCACCCGUGUGCCAAUCUGCCUCAUCUAUUGCUUGAGCGCGCGCGCGCGCAUUGCAGAUGCUCUACGCAUGCGCAGACAAUUGGCUUUGCUUUUGCGCUGUGUCUUCGUCGGCGUUGACUUUGCCGAAACGGUUUUACUUGUUUUGAUUGCAGCUGGCUUGGCCACAGCACGUCCAGAACCACCACGUGACAGCUACAGCGCCCCACCCCCCAGCAGUUAUCAACCAUCGGCGCCCAGCGGCGGCUAUGGGCCACCACCGGUAUAUGGACCACCACAACAACCACCUGUGGUACAUAAGCAUGUCUAUGUGCAUGUGCCACCACCAGAACCAGAAUAUCAGGCACCAAGAAAACCCAUUGUCUUCCCACCACCACAGAAGCACUACAAAAUCGUUUUCAUUAAGGCGCCAUCACCACCAGCACCAACCGCACCAGUGAUUCCAGUUAUACCACAAAACGAAGAGAAGACACUGGUCUAUGUGUUGGUCAAGAAACCCGAAGAACAACCCGACAUCGUCAUUCCCACACCGGCACCAACACAGCCCAGCAAACCCGAAGUUUACUUCAUUCGCUACAAGACACAAAAGGAAGAGACCGGCCCAUACCCGAACAGCAUUGCGCCACCACCAUCGGGCGAUUAUGGUGCACCAGCAGCGCCAUCGGCACCCUCAGCGCCCAGCUCAUCAUACGGUGCACCAUCGCACUAAAUUUUGUGAGCGCAGCAAAGGAAGGAUGAAGAAAGGAUGGUUAGGAAAGAAAAGAUCCAAAGCAUAUUUUGUUCAUACUAGAAAGAAAGUAAUGCAUGAAGCAGCAAUGAGGUGUAGUUAAUAAGAAAAACAUUUUUUAGAGGGGAAAAGAUAAAGUUUAAACGGAUGUCAGGAGAAACGUGUGAAACGUAAGUUCGAGGAGUGUAAAAUGUUGCAGAUUAUCCAUUGAGUAGCGUGUGGCAGUGUUGUUGUAUGUGUAGAAGAAACGAAUAAUCCAUGAAAACCCGUUUUCACAUAAUUUGAUAAAUUGUAGUCUACUUUUGCGCGCCUAAACUACCUAAAAGUUAAGUUUGUUGAUUUUUUGUGGAGAUUUGCUCUAUUAUUUUACUUGUACUUUG